GGGGCGGGGCGAAGGCGGAGAUCCGGAUCCGGAGCGGCUGAAAGGCGGAAGUGGAGGCCGGAGCCUGGGACACCGCCGGGGGGAGAGAAGCGGAGCCUGUCCGAACCCCGGCCCCGAGUAACGCCGCCGCCCGGGAGCCGCGUUGGAGACCCUCUCCCCACUAAGUGCCUCUUUGCCUAGCACUGGCCCCCCAGCCCCACGCUCACUGGUACAGCAACAGCAGAUCGGGCCAUGGCGGGUCGGGGAGGUGCAGCACGACCCAAUGGACCAGCUUCUGGGAACAAGAUCUGCCAAUUUAAACUGGUUCUGCUGGGGGAGUCAGCGGUGGGCAAGUCCAGCCUCGUCCUCCGCUUUGUCAAGGGGCAAUUCCACGAGUAUCAAGAGAGCACAAUCGGAGCGGCCUUCCUCACACAGACUGUCUGCUUGGACGACACAACGGUCAAGUUUGAGAUUUGGGACACAGCUGGACAGGAGCGGUAUCACAGCCUAGCCCCCAUGUAUUAUCGGGGGGCCCAAGCCGCCAUUGUGGUCUAUGACAUCACCAACACAGAUACAUUUGCACGGGCCAAGAACUGGGUGAAGGAGCUACAGAGGCAGGCCAGCCCCAACAUCGUCAUCGCACUCGCAGGCAACAAGGCAGACCUGGCCAGCAAGAGGGCCGUGGAGUUUCAGGAAGCACAAGCCUAUGCAGAUGACAACAGUCUGCUGUUCAUGGAGACAUCAGCAAAGACUGCGAUGAACGUGAAUGAAAUUUUCAUGGCAAUAGCUAAGAAGCUCCCCAAGAAUGAGCCCCAGAAUGCUGCUGGUGCUCCAGGCCGGAACCGAGGCGUGGACCUCCAGGAGAACAACCCAGCCAGCCGGAGCCAGUGCUGCAGCAACUAAGCCCCCCUUGCCUACCCACUGCCCCCACCUCCUCCGCCUGAACGACCCGACUGGAAUCCAAUCUAACCAAUCGCACUUAACGACCGGGCCACUGCUGGGGGGGGGGCAGGGGGAGGGGUCCACCAUGAUUUCUCCAUAUAAUUUUGAUCAUAGGCCGGAGUGAGUUAUUCCACCUGCACCUUUCUGUACAAAUACUAAUUCAAUUUUAAGUCUUAAGUCACUUUUUUAAUAUAUAUGAUCUGCUCUUCCCACUUCCCUUUCUACUGUCCCCCUACUUUUCCUUUGCUGGUAGUAGCCACAUGCUCCGUUCCCCUCCUCACUCUUGCGCAUGGGGCAGGGCGCUGGAGCAGUUAACCCUUCCUUACUUUUUGCUGAGUAGAAGACUUGGCAGUGCAUCCACAUCCUUACCUGUUUGGAGGGGGCUUUGUCUGGGGUUGGGGGAGGCUGUGGAGGCUACAGAUGGAGAGCAAGCUCUUCCCUCUGCAGGCUGUCUUAGACUGCACCCCAAAGCCCCACAGCUGGGAGAGACAACAUUACUACAACUACUUAUCACACGUUAUUGUGACAGCCAUGAACCCGUUGCCCACCUGCCCCACCUUGGUCACCCUGACCUCUGGCUCUGAGCCUCGUUCUGACCAAAUCACAAUGAUGAGUAUUUGGGGGUGGGUGGGUAAGGGGGGGUGUUGGGGAGGGACGGAACCAACUUUUUCUGUAUUUUGUAUUGUAUGUUUUCUUCAACAUGUAACCAAUCAGUAUCUUGUCAAUAUAGUCAGCCGAUCGA